UGGAGGAAGCCGAGUAGGAAGUGGGUUGCGAUGUCCUUUUGUGUCCUACAGCCUUCGCCGCCAGAGGAGCCCCGAGGAAGGAGGAGCAGCGCCCGGCCCAUGGCCCUCCUGGCCCUCCGUGGACCCCGCCGGGAGCCCUGCUGACGGAGCCCCAGGCUGGCAGACGGACAGGCGGCCUCUAGGAGAGAGGGAGAGGGCCCCGCAGCCCAGCCCUCCCAGCCCUUGCCAGCCCCCAAGCCCCUUCCAGCCAUGUCCUCCCGAGACCGCCGGGCAGAAUUUUUCAUCAAGACGGAGCCGGCCUCCCCAGACAGCCUGGUCCAGCAUAGCCCCAGCGGUUCUUCUGACACCAGCGCCAGCGGAGCCCCUCAGGAACUUGAGACCGCAGGGGCAUUACCUACUGGAACGGGGGCAUCCCGCCGCCGCCAUGAAGAUGACCCAGAUGAGCCCCCAGGUCGGGGGAAAUACAUGCUAAGCUCUAUGCCGAAGCGGCUCUGCUUGGUGUGUGGUGACGUCGCCUCGGGGUAUCACUAUGGCGUGGCGUCUUGUGAAGCCUGCAAAGCAUUCUUCAAGCGUACCAUCCAAGGCAGCAUUGAAUACAGCUGUCCAGCUACCAACGAGUGCGAGAUAACUAAGCGGCGCCGGAAGGCCUGCCAGGCAUGCCGUUUCACCAAGUGCCUGCGCGUGGGCAUGCUCAAGGAAGGGGUACGUCUAGAUCGGGUACGAGGUGGGCGUCAGAAGUACAAGCGUCGACCUGAGGUGGAGGGUGCCACCUACCCCAACGCCUUUGUCACCCCACAGAUUGCCACAGUGACUCCCAAGAAGCCAGCUCCAAUGAACACGAUGGUGUCACAUUUACUGGUGGCAGAGCCUGAGAAAUUGUAUGCCAUGCCUGAUCCCGCACUCCCUGAUGGCCCUGCUAAAGCAGCAAGCACUCUGUGUGAUCUGGCGGACCGGGAAAUUGUGGUCAUAAUUGGCUGGGCCAAGAACAUACCAGGAUUUCCGGCACUGUCCUUGGCAGACCAGAUGUCUGUGUUGCAGAGCGUGUGGUUGGAGGUCUUGCUGCUCGGCGUCGCCUGGCGCUCCUUGCCCUGUGAGGAUGAGAUUGUUUUUGCUGAAGAUUUUGCGCUUGAUGAGGAAGCAGCCCGGAUGGCGGGACUUUUGGAGCUCAGCGGUGUGGUCCUACAGUUGGUGCGCAAGUAUCGGGCCCUGCGCCUGGAGCGUGAAGAGUACGUGCUUCUCAAGGCCUUGGCACUUGCCAACUCAGACUCUGUGCAUAUUGAGGACAUGGCGGCUGUACAGCGGCUCCGGGACGUGCUGCAUGAGGCACUGUUGGAAUACGAAGCAUCGCGGCGUCCCGAGGAGCCACGCCGGGCAGGACGUCUCCUUCUCACGCUCCCCUUGCUGCGCCAGACGGCCACGCGGGUCCUCCAUCAUUUCUACAGCCUCAAGCUGGAGGGCAAAGUUCCCAUGCAUAAGCUUUUCCUGGAGAUGCUGGAGGCCAUGAUGGACUGAACGUUUGGACUGAAAGAGGCCAGGAUUCAGGGAGGGGGAAACCAAGACAUGGCCGAGCGCAUGGCCGAGUGUGGCAGAUUAUCAGGGGCGGAGGAUGUGGGGAGAAAGACUGAGGCCUGGAGCGGGUUUUCCUGUGUGUGUCCCCCUACUCCCCAAAUCCCCGCCAGCUGCUGAUCUGCAUAAUAUUGAAUGCAUUUCAGUGUAUGCAAAUGUACUAAUUGUCCAUUGCUUCACUCAAGAGGAUGGCAUCGAGGAAAUGGAUGUAUCAGAGAGACAAAGAUGAAGUGGUAAGGACACGAGGAUGGGGCAUGCACAUGAGAGGUCGGGGGUGGGGGGGAAUAGAGAAAGUUUUUGACAUUCACACUGGAAGCCAUAUUUUAAUUUUAAUUUAUUAACUGUGGGGAGGGAAGGGUAUAGCUACUGUAGCCCUAGCCUGGAAGCCAUAUCAGAUAAGCAUCAUGUAAAGGAGGAGAAAGGGAGGAACAGGUAUUGGUGUUGGGGGUGAUGUGGGCCUGAAUUAUUUUAUUUUGCCCCAGCGCACACCUACCAAGGGACUCGUGGAGCAUAGAAAUGCUGCACUUUUUUUGCAUUGUCCUGUUCCUGUCUUUGAACAGCCUCCUCCCAUCCUGCAUCUUCCACUCUCUGCCUCUGGGCUGGGCCCAGCCAAAUGCACCUUAAAAUUACGGUGGGUGUGUCGAAUGAGGGUAGGCAGCCUGGUGCCCUCAAGAGCGUUUUGGACCACAAUUCUCAUCAUUCCCUGCCAUGCCGGCUUGAGCGCAUGGGAGUUACAGUCCAAACCUCUGGAGGGCAUGCAACUCUUGGCCUUUGGUGUAGAAAAUAGCUUCGCGGCUCCAGGAAUACUGCGGGAGAUCAGAUUUGGCGUGUUUGGGGGUGGGAUGAGGGAUGAUAACACAACACAUUUUGCCUUCUUUCUGUCUCUUUAGUGCUGAGUCUUCUUUGGAUAUCACUCAGGGGAGGGAAGUUCCCCUACCUCUUCUCCUUCCCAACCAAGAACACCUCCCUCCUGGGAAUGUUUCAUUCAGAACUUGGAAAAAUGACCCCAUAUGAUGGCUGGGUAUUCUAGGACAUGUAGUAACAUAAAAAGGUAACUUUUCCAGUCGACCCUAGCCAGCAUAUAGCCAAGGGUGACUUUCCCAAGCUCUGGAUGCAUUAUCACUUUUAAGCAAUAAAAAUGUUGGGAGAGGGGAAAAUCUUUACGAUGUCAGGAAAGGGAGGAGUGUCUUAUGUUGUGCUUUGCAUGGAAACUGUCUGAACAUUUGGGAGGUAGCAUGGCUGAGAUGAGGACUCAGCCUCUCCACGCUCCCAUCAAAGGAAAGGCAGGGGCUUCAGUAGUCCUUCCAGCAAAGUUCUCUCACUUAAUACCCUUGUAGCAAUAGUUAAAAAGGCAAUUAUGCUUUUUUUUUUCAGGUGUACCUUCAUAUUUCCUCCUCCCUUCUGCCAUAAGAGGAUAAGCAGCUGAUCCUCCCCCCUCCAAAAAGUAACCUCCUAUCCCAAAACCAAUCAAGCCAACCCCAUCUUCUGCCCAAAGCAAUAAUAAUAAAAACCCUCUCACCUCCCUUCAGUUCUCUUCCUACCCAGGGCUGGAGAAUAUGUCACCCUCCCCAUGCUACUGAACUCCAGCUCCCAUCAUCCCUCUCCAUUAGUUAUGCUGUUGAGGGCUGGUGGGAACUGCAGUCCCACAACAGGGGAAGAGGGAGGGCCAUAUGCUCUCCAAGCCCAUGCUCAACCAAGGAGGAGAGAGGGAGGCAGCAUGGCCUAAGCUGAGAGCUAUGUACAUAGCAAUAUAUUUUACUGUAUAUUCGUUGCAGGAAAAAGAUCUACCCCAUUUCUGUCUUUCUUUUCCGCAAGCGUCAGGCAGCCUUCCUUGGCCUGGUGGGGAGAAGGAGAGGAAGACGGGGGAGUAAAUGCUGGCAAUUUUUUUGUUUUUGUAUUAAAUUAUGUGUGUGUACAUAUUAUAAAUACCUCUGAUUUGUGUAUAGGCGGCUACAUAUACACAUUCAUAGAGAGCUCUAUUACUGAACAAAUUAAAAAAGGCCUCUGCAGCCAAAGGAAAAUGUGAA